AUGGACUUGAACUGGAAAAAUCCCGAAAGAAGAGAAGUCGCGACAACUGCUACGUUUAUCGACUCAGAAGCUCACAAGAUCCAUGACGGGUUUGGAGGGUCGUCCAAGUUCGACCUGGAACGGGGGGAGUAUGUGCAGUUUCGGCCUUACUUACAGUUGGAAAGGGCUUUGAAGAUCUACAUAGGCACUGUCCUGGGCAUCCGUGUCCAGGGAGAUAGCUGGGAUGACUUGUGCGAAAGAAUAAAUCACACAGAAGAUCGAUAUCGCAAUCGUAAGGAAGGUCUUUGGCGAUCGAUAUGGUACAAGAUGGGCGACUAUAGUGGUAUACUAGACGGGUGGGUCGCCCUCAUACCAGAUGCGUAUGGGCUUGCUGUAGUCAAAACUGGUCUUGCAGUGGUGUUCAAGCUUGCCGAAAACUCAGCAGAGAAACGAAACAAGAUCUUCAACACGUUCGCGGAGUUGCGAGAUGCCCUCAUGCGAGCGGAUCCAACACGAACGAGCUUUCGAGCCAACAAAGAAGUCGCAACCUGCGCAGAACAUCUCUAUCAGACUGUUGUGGAUUCUAUCGAGGAUAUGAUACUAUUGACAUCGCAGGAUAAAUCCACAUGGCGAAGAUGCAUUCCUAAGUUCAAGCAUAAGACACCUGCUCCCGAUCCUGAUACAAUUCUGCAAAAUGUGGCAGAUCGAACCAAGGAAUUUGAGCGUGCUGUUGGCAUGGCUCGAGACCAGGUCAUCGAGAGCACGGCAGUGGUGUCUCAGGAUACCAACAUCAGGACUACUAUGAUUCAGUGGGACGUGAGCUCCACGAAGAACAACACAGAGAUCCUGAGGUCAGAUAUUGAGAAGAGUGGUGCGAGGCUUGAGAGUGUUGGUGGCGAGGUGGGCGAGUUGCAUGGCUUGGUGUCUCAGAUCAGCUCUGGCAUGGAGCACAUGACCAUGGAAACCACGGGCCUAAAGAAAGGCAUCGAUGAAAACACAAUCUCCCUGAAGAAAGAAAGUGAGAAUAAUGAGAGAAGACACCAAGAGUUAUGCAACCUCAUCAUCGGGCAAGUUGAGGCGAAGAGCAAAAUCGCCAAGCGAGAGAGCGCCCUGGAAGACGGCUCACGUAGUCUAAAAAACCAACUCAUGACGCUCCUUCUCGAGGGUAAAAAGAAAGAUGCCGAGAUUGCCAUGCUGAAAGAACGACUCAAUCAGAACCGGAAACGCGGCGCAGUGGUCAGCUUGAAUCGUUUCUGCGAGAUUUUAGCCCAGCCCAGCUCUACUGAAGAUAAGCCAGUCGAUAUAGAGCGCAUGUUCCAGCACCCAAACGAAGACUUCAGACGAGCCCUCGUGCACAAGAGUAGGUUCAAUGCAGCCACUCAAGGCCAAGUCCAAUCGUUGCUGCGACAUGAACGGUUACACCGAUGGGUAACCAGCCAUCACCCCGACCUGAUUCUCGUCGACGCGAACAUCAGCUCGUCCGGCCUGUCAAAGGUGUCCGCCAUAUCAGUCUUUUGCGCCACCUUGAUCUCUAGCAUGAUGGAAGUCCAUCCUGACGAGGUGGUUGUCCAAUUCUUCUGUGGAUUACACACCGCUCCCCUAGAUCCCUGGCACGGGCCGAACGGUCUAGUCCGUUCUAUUGCCAUGCAGCUCUUGAUGAAACUAGUCAAGAUGAACAUUCUAAACUUGGGGUUCAUCAACGAUCGAGACUACCUGAGAGACCUUGAGCAGCACGACUUAAGGAAACUCUGCGACACAUUCUACUCGCUUGUGUCUCAAUUCCCGGCCGACACGAGAGUAUACUGCAUCAUCGACUCCAUUUCUUGGUUCGACAAGGACAGGACUUUUGCAGAAUUAGCCACUGUAAUGGAAUGGCUGCAAUACAUGCAACAGGAGAAUGAAGGAGCUUCCGGUGUUCAAAGAGAACCCGUCUAGACUUGUCACUCUGUCUUCGAGGAACCUGAUACCCAUGGGAAUAUCUAACAGAGCGAUCGAGCGUCAACUUUCCAGAUCCCCGUUUCCAUCACCACUCACACCCAAGAAGGUGGUAUUUAGAACAACAAGAUCAGAAAGUUAUGACGAUGAGUAUGAUGAAUGGUAACAACCUAGGUGAUGACGGCGGUUGAAUAUUUAUGACUGCAUGCUUCACUUGGAUGACUUGAAGAUGAAGGGCAUAUAACUAUGCUGUAAUGCUGUUUCUUGACUUCCUCUUCAAUCUCACAUGCGAUGUUGUGAUUACGUAGUGGCGUCUGGAACUGCUGCCUCACCACGAUAGCAUAGGGAGCCGGUGCGGCAGAAAGUCGAAAGAGUCUUUCUAGGAAGAAGCAAAAUGUAG